AUGUUAGACAACAAAAAAUCACUAUUCCAAAAAACUUUACUGUUUUUCUCUUUUUUUUUGAUCUCAUUGUUAUGUAAAAGUUUUUUGUCUUCACUGGUUUGCUAUGUUCAAGCUCGAGAAAUUGAUGGUAGCGAUAAUAAUUCAAAUUCAAUUCAACCUUAUCAAAGAGAAUUUUCUUCCAAAUCUUUUUACGGACCAGAUGGAAAUCACUCUAUGAUUAAAUGUCCAUCCGAUGUUGUUUUUACUAAUCCAACCCUACCGGUUCCAAAAUGUACCGAUCCACUACCACCUGACAAUUUCCCAAUGCCAAGGUGUGUUUCAAAUAUUAUAACUAAUUAUCACUCGGAAAAUUUUAACGUUGAACAACAAUUGCGUUAUCGAUCUAAAAGACAUACUAGUCAUACGGCAUCAUUUUUGGCUGGUUUCAUUUUAAAAGAUAUUAUUCAGUCGAAAACGGAUACACCAUCUAUUCCGAUCUACAUACCAACCGACGACUCAAUCUACAACCCGCCAACAAGUCAAAAAUUUCAGGAAUUUAAUAGAACAAGCGAUGAAAUGAAUCACGUCACACCGUUUCUUGACUUGAAUCAAUUGUAUGGACUUAACACAGAGGAAUCAAGGAAGUUACGUGAUAUUGGUAACCGAGGAAAAUUAAAGAUGGAUGAGAAAAAUUAUCCAAUGAAUUAUCCGACUAGCGAUAUGAUCGGAGGAUUUCUUAAUCGAGCAAAUAAUAUUUUCACACUUGCAAUUCAGAUCAUUUGGAUGCGUGAACAUAAUAGAUUGUGUAAUCAAUUUUAUGAUGAUCAUGGUGAUUCGUGGACCGAUGAUCAAUAUUUUGAAGAGGCUAGAAAAUGGAAUAUUGCAUUUUAUCAAAAAGUAGUAACCGAAGAGUACCUUGGCAUCAUUCUUGGUAAACCAUUGCCACCAUAUCAACAAUAUAAUGAGAAUCUAGUACCAGGAGUUGAUCUUUUCUUCGCAACAAUAACAUUCAAAUAUGUUCACAGCGAACUUGGCAAUAAUUAUCAUAUACAAGAUGAAUUUGGAGAAUUGCUUGCAGAUCUAACAUUAGAUAACAUUUUACAAAUUCAAUUGUUGGAAAAAUUUGGAAUGGAAAGAGUGUUAAGAUCAAUGUCCCUACAACAUCAAGAAGAAUUGGAUAUUUAUUAUUCCGAUGCUAUGAGAAAUGCUACAACCAUUGAACCGCGUAUUUAUGAUAUUGCAGCUUUUGAUGUUUUAAGAGCCAGAGACAGAGGAAUUGCUUUGUAUAAUGAUGCUCGUCAAGCAUAUGGGCUAACAACAAAGAAAACUUGGCAAGGGAUAACAUCAGUUAAAAUAUUACAAGAUUAUCUGCAACAAUUGUAUCCUAAUGGACCUAAUCAAUUAGAAACUUUCGUUGGUGCAAUAGUUGAAGAUCAUUUGGAUGGAUCAAAUUUUGGUGAAUUAAUGAGCAUUAGUAUGUUCACUCAGUUUACUAAAAUCAGAGAUUCUGAUAAAUUUUGGUGGGAGAAUGGCAACAUGUUUACUGAUGUUGAAAGAGUUACCCUUAAGAGCACAACAUUCAAAGAUAUUAUUUUACGUAAUCUGCCAGAAAAUAACAAACCAAUCAUGCCACAAAAUAUUUGGACGGUUCAACCCCAAUCAAAAACCACCAAUUCUUCAUCAGCUGUUGAUGUAAAUUAUCCAAAUAAUAUUCCUGCAUGGUCACCAUAUGUUAUUAAAUAUAGAAUUGAUGAUUCUUUUAUUCAUUUCAAAAUAACUUUACAAACUGAUGAUGGUGAAGGAUGGUUUGGAAUGGGGUUUGAGCCUGAUGACAUUGGAAUGAAGGGAGCAGAUUUUGUUAUUGGCUUUGUACGGGAAAAUAAAAUUGACAUAUUCAAUUAUCGAUCAUCAUCAGCUGAUCAUUACCCACCUAAUCGUGAUGAUAAUUCAGAUUUAACAAAUAUUAAUUCAAAUGUAAGUGAUAGUUUAGCAACUAUUGAAUUCUCAAGACCAUUAUUACCUGAUGGAAGACGCGGAAUUAAGGAUGGGCAUGUUAAAUGUAAGAAAAAAUAUCCUUUUAGUUCAUCUUUUACUUAUCAUGGAAAUAAUCGAAUAUUGAUAAUGAUUGAUUUUUAUAAUAAUAAAAUAGAAGCAGUAAAAAUAAAGGCAAGUCAACAGACAACAAAAUAUAUACAUGGAAUUGGAAUGUCAUUUACCUGGAGUGUGUUAUUUCCAAUAUCAAUUUUUAUAGUUAGAUUUUUUAAACAUACAAAUAACUAUCUCAAGAUUCAUCGAACUAUACAGCUUCUUGGUGGAAUAAGUAUAGGAAGUUUUGGUGCUGCAGCAUUAGCAGUAGCUGGAUUAGCACUUUAUUGUUUAGUAUUUAUACAAUUAGCAAUUGGAUUAAUUUCAAUAUGGAGUCAAGCAUCUUUAGUAUCAACAUUUACAGGAGAUUUAUCAAAAAACCCAUUAGAUAAUUACAAUAACGAUUCAUCCUUUGGCUUACAAUCAUCUUCAUCCUCUUUAUCAAUUUCAUCAAUUCCAUCACUUUCAUCACCUUCACUAGCAGCAGCAGUGGAAGCAUCCACAACAUUCAAAGAUAUUAUUUUACGUAAUCUGCCAGAAAAUAACAAACCAAUCAUGCCACAAAAUAUUUGGACGGUUCAACCCCAAUCAAAAACCACCAAUUCUUCAUCAGCUGUUGAUGUAAAUUAUCCAAAUGAUAUUCCUGCAUGGUCACCAUAUGUUAUUAAAUAUAGAAUUGAUGAUUCUUUUAUUCAUUUCAAAAUAACUUUACAAACUGAUGAUGGUGAAGGAUGGUUUGGAAUGGGGUUUGAGCCUGAUGACAUUGGAAUGAAGGGAGCAGAUUUUGUUAUUGGCUUUGUACGGGAAAAUAAAAUUGACAUAUUCAAUUAUCGAUCAUCAUCAGCUGAUCAUUACCCACCUAAUCGUGAUGAUAAUUCAGAUUUAACAAAUAUUAAUUCAAAUGUAAGUGAUAGUUUAGCAACUAUUGAAUUCUCAAGACCAUUAUUACCUGAUGGAAGACGCGGAAUUAAGGAUGGGCUUGUUAAAUGUAAGAAAAAAUAUCCUUUUAGUUCAUCUUUUACUUAUCAUGGAAAUAAUCGAAUAUUGAUAAUGAUUGAUUUUUAUAAUAAUAAAAUAGAAGCAGUAAAAAUAAAGGCAAGUCAACAGACAACAAAAUAUAUACAUGGAAUUGGAAUGUCAUUUACCUGGAGUGUGUUAUUUCCAAUAUCAAUUUUUAUAGUUAGAUUUUUUAAACAUACAAAUAACUAUCUCAAGAUUCAUCGAACUAUACAGCUUCUUGGUGGAAUAAGUAUAGGAAGUUUUGGUGCUUCAGUAUUAGCAAUGUCUAAUUCAAGAACUCCCCAUUCAUUUUUAGGAUUGACACUUUAUUGUAUAGUAUUUAUACAAUUAGCAAUUGGAUUAAUUUCAAUAUGGACACUUUAUUGUUUAGUAUUUAUACAAUUAGCAAUUGGAUUAAUUUCAAUAUGGAGUCAAGCAUCUUUAGUAUCAGUAAAUUUAGGAUAUCCUAGAUUUUUUAAAAGAACUCAUAAAUUUUUAGGGAUCUCUUUGUUAAUUGUUUCAUGGAUUAAUAUUUACCUUGGCAUGGUUACCUAUAGUUUAUCUUAUGGAAAGUAA